GUGAGAGAGGAGAGGAUGGAGCGGCGGCGCAAGCCUCUUCCGCGCCGGCCGCCGUACUGCGCUCCUUUUACGUCAGGUCGUCCACCAGCCAAGAAGAGGAAGAGAUUGGGCUCCGAGGGAGAGAUUGAACCUUCGGCCGGGGCGGCAGGAGUCGACCGGAUCAGCGCCCUCCCCGACGAACUCCUCGGCGAGAUCAUCUCCCUCCUCCCCACCAAGGACGGCGCCCGCACCCAGAUCCUCGCGUCCCGGUGGCGCCACCUCUGGCUCUCCGCCCCUCUCAACCUCGACUGCCGUGGCUUUGCCACCGCCGCCGAUCUCGCGGUCGUCAGAUACCGCAGGGUCUACAACAACGUCCCCUCUGCUGUAGCGCACAUUCUUGACCGCCACCAAGGCCCCGGCCGCCGCCUCCGUGUCAAGGGGUACCGUCUCCCCGUCGCCGCCGCCGCCGCCACCGCCGCCACCGCCCUGAAUUGGUGGAUCGUGGCCCCCGCCCUCGCCGCCGCCGCCUCCGCCGCCCUGGAUUGCUGGCUCGUGGCCCCCGCCCUCGACGGCCUCCAGGUGCUCGAGUGCUGGGUUUCUUCCAAGCGUUCUAAACCGCUUGGGCCGCUGCCGGCGUCCGCCUACCGCUUCUCGCCCACCCUCCGCGUCGCCACCUUCGGUGGCUGCCGCCUCCCCGACGACGACAUCGCCCAAGGGCUUCACUUCCCCAACCUCAAGCACUUGUCACUUGAAUCCGUCUCCACCUCGGAGCAUUCUCUGCACAGCCUCAUCGCCCGUUGCCCCGCUCUGGAAUGCUUGAUGAUUCACACAAUCUUCGGCUUCCGUCGCCUUCGGAUCAAUUCCCUCACUCUUACGUUCAUAUGUGUGCAAGAUCAACUUCAGAACUGCAAGGCAUUCAGUCAGCUCCAGUUUGAGGAACUCGUCAUCCAGAAUGCGCCUUGUCUUGAAAAGUUGAUCCCUCUCUACUUUGAGUGUGGUCUGCAGGUGUCGGUAAUCUCCGCGCCUAGACUUCACACCUUGGGCUUCCUUACUGAUUGGGGCGAUCAUUCUACCAAACUAGUGUUUGGCUCCACAGUUAUUCAGGGAUUGCGCGCCAAUAGCCUGACAACGGCGGUGCACACUGUCAAGAUUUUAGCUGUCAAUGUCAAUAUUCUUAGUUUGGAUAAUCUUCUUGACAUGAUGAGAUUCUUUCCAUGCUUGGAGAAGCUGCACGUGAAGUCAUGGAGUUCGGGUGAGAAAAAUUUGUGGCAUCAUAAACACCGGGAUCUUCUCAGAUGUCUUGACAUCCGUCUCAGGACAGUAGUGUUGGAAACGUAUCUGGGCAGCUGGUCACAGGUUAACUUUGCCAAAUUCUUUGUGCUGAACGCCAGAGUGCUGGAGUCAAUGACGUUUCAUGUUGAGGCCAGCUUGUACGAUGAGGAGUUCUUGGCAGAACAGCGUGGGAAGCUUCAGCUAGGGAACAAGGCUUCAAGAGAUGCUCAGUUUCAUUUUACAACUGGUACUUCUCUCGAAGCUGUUUGGGAGACCAAGCAUCUCAGUGAUCUUAACUUGAAUGACCCCUUCCUGUGUAGAUGUUGAAAUGGGUUUGGUGAGUCAGGAAUUAUCUUUGCUUAUCUCAUUUGUGUUCUGUGAAGACUUUCUUAGUACCCUUGUCUGUAGUAUGUGUAUAUGUACAAUCUUGUGUCAUUUCUUUUGUCCUACACUUGCUGGUAUAUGCACAAUCUCACUGAAAAGUUUUGGAUUCGUCAACAAUGUUGCUACAGUAUAAGACGGCGGCUUGUCGAGAUCCA